CCCAAAAGAAUGCUGGGAGAUGUAGUUCCUUUCCUGCUCCAGAGCCGACUCUCCAGGCAGGGAGCUGGCCAAGGAACUACAACUCCCGGGGUCCCCUGGGCUCCCGGGGUCCCAGGCAGGAUCCCUGCGGCCAGAGGGUGAGGCUCAAGUACAUAUGAGCGCUGUACUAAAGGAUUCUGCAGUAUGUGAAGGUGAAGACUGAAGGGCUGUAUAAACUGAAUCACCUGUGAGGGAGAACUGUUGGAAGCCAUGCGAUGGCUGCAAAACCCAAGAAAGGUUUAAAAGGUUCCAUCCAGGACAUGCUCAGUGACCUCCUGGGAGAUGAUGAUGAAAUCCCCAUUAAAUCCAACAAGCCUUCCCAGCACUCUGGGGGCAGUGGAAGGAGAUCCAGGGAAAUUGUCUCCAAAGCCAGCAAAAAGUCUGUUUUGGAGGAUGGUGUCUUCAGCAAGAUGGCUGCAGAGGACGGUGCAGAAGCAGAGGGAUCCGACCUCUCAGAUGUAGACCCACAAGCUUUGCUGGAGACCCUGAAGGAGAUGGAUGACAUGGAAGCUGAUCUCCUAGGCAUAAAGAAGUCUGGUUCUGGGGCUGGGAGGACAACAGCAAAGGGUUCCGACAACCUUGAAUCCUCAGGUGACCUGGCAAAAACUGCAGGGAAGCUAAAGACUGUUGAGAAAGGAGAGUCUGCCACUGGAAUUGACAAGAAACCCCUCUCCACUCCCGCCACCCCCCAGCGGCAGUACAAGAAGUUUUCCUUUGAAGAUUUAGACGAUCCUUUGGCAGGGCUUUUAUCGGAUGAGGAGGAAGAUGGUGCUAAGAAGUUACCUCCAACAGGCACCAAAAGUAGCCCUGAAAGACAUACUGGACCAGCCAAAGCUCCUGGCCAUGCUGUUGCUCCCGUGCGGAGGAGGGAGGAGCUGACAUUUGAAGAUGAUGGGGAUGACCUGAUGGACGCGCUGGGGUUUGGCGAGGGUCCGAGGGGAGAGCUGAAGCAGGAGAGGAAAGGAGAAGAGGAAGAGCCCCGCCCUGCCCGCUCCAAGCUGGAGGAGUUGUUGGGAAGUGGGACCGCAGCCAAGCUUCUGGAGCAACCGACCACAGGAGAACGCAAGGAGUUCAAACUGGAUACAAAAUACCAACAGCAACCUGAUAAGGAAAACGUUUGGGACAAUGAGGAUUUCACCUUCGGAGCCUACCAGCCCACCCUGGCCUCCACACCCGAGGGCCGGCGGUCAAGACGACAAUCUGUCAGGUUUUCAGCAGAGAAUAUCAAUGAACUGAAAAUGGACCAAAGGUCCAAACCAACCACUCCAGCCAUCACGAGCCCCAUGCGAGGCAGUAAGACUGGUGCUGACUGGCUGGGCUUGAAAGAUGAGGACUUUAUCGAUUUGGACCCUCCAUCUCUAACCAAGGAUGCCGCCAAAGGUAGUCCCGCGGCAGCCCCUUUGAACAAGCCCUCCAGCUCCUCAGCCACCAAGCAGCCCAGCCCAGCCAGCCAGCUCCUUCCUGGGACAAAGCCAGCUGCAGAGGAAGCAUCAGCUAAACCCAGACCACUUGAGGAGGAGGAUGAUAGCUGGCUGAAUAAUGCCUUGUCUCGAAAAAAAUCCCAGGUGCAGGGGAAGGUCCAGGAGAAAAGGGCUGGGGCCUCGGGCUCCCUGAGACAGGACGACGAGGUGGACCCCGUUACUGUUACCAGCCAACAAGCUCCCUCUGUGAGAGAGCCUCAGCGGUCUGCUGUCCCAGAAGAUAAGUCCACCAGGAUGGAAGACUCAGGGUAUCCUGGUCCAUGGCUAACCACUCAGAAACAAGCCUCAUCUCUUACAUCUGAGUCCAGGAAAGGGGCACCUCCUGGAGACACCAGUCACGCCGCUUCUCUCCAAGGACAUCCAGAGGGUCUGGGGUUUUCCACACUAACUCCGGUUGCCCUGUCUGGGGCUCCUCUCCAGCAGGUUCUAGUGCCGCAGCAGCUCCUGCAGGCCGAGCCCCUGGCCCUGAGCUUGCUGAACGCCAGUGAGUACGAGAAGAGGCUGGUGGCUUUGCAGGUACAGCUGAGGGAGAAUGCAGCAAGGCACCAGGAGGAACUGCUGAGUGCCCAGACUCGUCUCGCCGAGCUGGAGAGCCAGGUGCGGAAGCUGGAGCUGGAGAGGAAUCAGCAGAAGCUGCUCCUGGAGAGUCUACAGCAGCGUCAUGAGGAAGACUUGGAACUCGUUGACAAUGCACACAGGAGCCGUGUGAAGGUGAUGGAGGAAUCUUCCCGGCAGCGCGAGAUGAGGCUGCGGCAGGAGAACGAGGAACUGGCGGCGCAGUACCUGUCCCACUGCCAAGGCACAGAGCGGGCCAAGUCAGAGCUCCUGGCACAGCAGCAGCGCAGGCUGGCAGAGGUGGAGCAGGAGAAGGUCCAGGAGGUGGAGAGGCUGCGGGAGCUGCAGCGGGCAUCCAUUCUGGAGAUGCGCAAAGACCAUGAAGAGCAGCUACAGAGGCUGAAACGACUGAAAGAUCAGGAGAUUGACGCGGUAACGAGUGCUACCUCCCAUACCAGGUCUUUGAACGGCAUCAUUGAGCAGAUGGAGAAGUUUUCCAGUAACCUGAAUGACCUCUCCUACAAGGUGGAGGCUACCCACCACAACACGUCGCAGGAGCUCGAGAUUGGAGCCCGUCAGCGGGAUGAACAGCUCAGGGUGCUGCAGGACAGACUGACGCGGCAGCAAAGGGACAUGGAGGAGGAGCGGAGCCGGCUGCAGGAGGUCAUUGCUAAAAUGGAGGCCAGGCUGAGUGAGCAAACUCGUCUCCUGGAGCAGGAACGCUGGAGGGUGACAGCAGAACAAGCCAAAGUGGAAUCUCUACAGCGUUCGCUAGAGGAACAGCGGAGGGUGAUGACCCAGCAGCUGACCAUGGAAAGGGAAGAGCUAGAGCGGGCAAAGAAUGUCUUGCUGGAGGAGCAGAAGUCGGUCAUGCAGAAGUGCGCAGAGGAGCGUCGAAAGCUCGCCAUGGAGUGGUCGGAGUUCCAUACCCAGCAGAAGCUGAGCAAGGAGCGGACAGAGCGUGACGUCGACCGCGCCCUGCAGAUAGACUCCCAGAGGGAAUGUGCCAUCGUGACCCUGGCAAAGGAACAAGCAGAUCUGAAAAUCAAGGCCAGUGAGCUGCGGGCUAAGGAGGAGCAGCUGGCUAGAGAAAGGGAAUCUGUGGAGCAAGAGAGGCAGGAGCUGAGACUCGAGAAGGAAAGGGUGAAUGCAGCCGCUUUGCACGUCAGACAGAGGGCAGAGGAGAUUGACAGCAUGAGCAAGCUGUCCUCGCAGAAGUACGAGGAGGGGGAGAGAGCCCUGCUGGAGGCGAAGAAGGUGGAGUCAGAACAUCAGACGAGGCUGCGUACCGUGCAGCAGCGGCUGGAGCGGCUGAGGCAGCAGGAGCAGCACCUGCAGCAGGAGCACCAGAACCUGGCUCAUCAAAGGAGACAGCUUGAACAGCUGCGAGAAGAGCUUCCGAACAACCCGGUGCAGUUCCUGACCAAGCCCCGGGUGACACACCCAGGUGCUCAAACCAUGAGCCUCUCCACCAUGCACUAUUUCCCCCCUCCUGUUAUCACGUUACCUUGGCACAACUCUGGCAGUACAGGGGGCACCCAGGGCACAGCAGGAGUGGGACCCGCUGAGUUGUAUGCCAGACUAGUGCUGCUGAAGCACACAGCUGAGCGGGACCGGGAUUUCUUGGAAGAUGAGCAGUUCUUUCUAGAGACCCUGAAAAAAGCUUCCUACAACAUGUCAUCCCAGACAGCAUGAGGAGUUCAGCCCCAGGUGCAGCACUGGGUGAGCUGGCUUUUUCUACAAAGACGACAGGGGAUUUUGUAAUGUAAAAAAAUCCAAAAAUGAAUGGAUGGAAAAACAAAUGGUCAGAUACAUUCAGCCAGGCAGCAGCUAGUUUAAAAAACAAAACAAAACCAAAAAACCCCUUUGCGUGUGAAUUUUUAACUACGUCCGACUGAGAGCCCUACAGCCUAAAGCCUUCCAUUACUUCAGCUGUGAGCCCUUCAGAGCCUGAACUGUCUUUUCAUUAUCUCUCUCUCUCUCUUGGUUUUAUGCUGUUGCCUAUUGCCGUAGUGUCGAAGCACCUUCCGCGUACAACAGCCUGGCAAUAGCGAAGUCCUUAGGGGUCUCCAUGGAGUCACUGGCCCAUGUGAGAGCACCUAGAGAUCUUCACACACACCACCAGGACAGGUACAGCAUGGGCUGAACCAGUGCAAACUUUCCAUGCAUUGCCCUGCAUUGCACUCAAUCAUGACCAGCAGGAAGCACCUCCUCAGCCUGAGAAGGUAGUUCAGUCUCCGUGGACCAUUUAUAAUUUAUCCUAUCUCUUGGCACCUUUGUUGAGAGCCUCAAGUGUGGUAGUGGGUUAUGGUGAUGUGCACACUUGUGCGCUGGGAAAUGGCCUAAGACCCACCACGCUCAUUUCACAUUAGCCAUGAACCAGCCAGUGGGUGGCUCAUCCACUGCUAGGGUUGCCAACUUUCUAAUUGCACAAAACUGAACACCAUUGCCCCGCCCCUUCCUCAAGGCCCCGCCCCCACUCACUCCAGCCCCUCUCCAUCCAUUGCUCGCUCUCCCAUACCCUCACUCAUUUUCACUGGCAACCCUAUCUGCUGUACCAUGGCCGUGUCUAAGGCUGGAUGUUGAGUGAUAAGGGAAGAGGGAAGGAGACAAGAAGGAACAAAGUUCUCGUGAUUUAGGAAUAGUUCACUUCACUUCCACUGCAUCUCGGUGUUUUUGAUGCUUUGCUAUCUUCCCUCUGCCCUUUCAUAGCAAUCAUGGGCUGGGUUAGAGCCUUGCAACCUAACCUGACCCUAACCCUACAACACCUGACUUCAAGUGCCAGUGUGACACUGCCUGAUGGUACCCAGGGGUGUGAGGCACCUCGCUACCCCUGCCCUUAGCAUGAGAGAGCCUGAUCUGUGCCAUAGGAUCAGCUCCCCAACCCUGGCCAUGGGCAACAAAAGCAUUUCUCUCCAGGCCUAUGCAGGCCCCGCUCUCUCUACAGGCUAGUGCUGGGCACAUUCCAACCCUUGCAUACCCAGCCCCUGUUCCCCUGGGGACUUGCAGAAUUCACAGGCAUGCUGCUUCCACAGAAGAGUACUGCCCGGCUUACCCAUGUCCCUUCAGAUCGCUGCUCCGUUUAACACAGCACUGAGAUAUUUUUGUAGUGAAAACAAGGAACAGUUUAUUUAGCGAAAUAUGGUCAUGUAGUAACAAGUAGAAGUUUUGGAAGCAAAUGGUUAUAUGUAAAAUAGGGCUGUAGAUUAAUCGCAGUUAACUGAUGCAAUUAACUCAAAAAAAACUAAUCGUGAGUAAAAAAAUUAAUCGCAGUUUUAAUCGCACUGUUAAAGAACAGAAUACCAACUGAAAUGUAUUAAAUAUUUUGGAUGUUUUUCUACAUUUUCAAUUAUCUGAUUUCAGUUUAUAACACAGAAUACAAAGUGUACACUGCUCACUUUUUAUAUUAUUUUUAUUACAAAUAUUUGCACUGUAAAAAUGAUAGACUAUUUUCAGUUCACCUCAUACAGGUACUGUAGUGCAGCGUCUACUGUGAACGUGCUGUAAUUGAAAUCAAUAUAUUUGAAAAUGUAGACGACAUCCAAAAAUAUUUAAAUAUAUGGUAUUCUGUUAUUGUUUAACAGAGCGAUUAAUCACGAUUAAUUGUUUUAAUCGAUUGACAGCCCUAAUGUAAAAUAAAAUCAUAACCGCAUACUAGAGCCUAGACUGCCAUGGCUAGUUACAUGCAUGUCUUAUAGUAUUGCUCACCAAUGUUUCUCAGCCAGCGAGGCUGUGAGCCCUUUUGCCUCAAACAAGUCACACGUUCAGCUUGUCUCCUCCAUGAAGGGUGUCUUUCUGCACCAUAAGUUACACCACCUCCAAUCUCUUGGCUUUACCUGUAAACAGGAUCUCCCCUGCUAUUUUUCCUGUGUGCUCCUUUCUUGUCGACUUUACAAUCUCUUCAGUAGCGUCCGGCUUAGUCAAGCAAAUAGACUUACAGCGUUAGAAAUGCAAUACAUCAUGACCAGCCAGAGACGCAAACAUUUCCUCCCCUCUGCCUGUCCAAAAUCUGUUUCUCACCUUCUGGUGGCCAGUUUUAACUUAAGAAUAUUGUUUUCAGUACAAAUCUCUCUUAACUAUCCUCCGUACACGCACUUUGUAAUAAUUAUGGUGCCCGAUGGGCCACUGGCUCUCGGUGGAGACCUUGCAUGCCACCCUUUGGCAAACAGUUAUGCACGUACCUGGCCCAGGGGAUCCCUUACGCGCUCUGCUAGUUGGCAUCAAGAGGUCCCUGGGUCACAGUCAGGUUUGGGUUGAGUCUGAAAUACAACCCGAUACUCUUGGGCUUGGGUCAGGUCGUCUCUGAUCCCCUCCUCCCACCCAUGGGGUCAGUGCAGGCAGGCAGUGCUCUGCCUGCUGGGGAGUUUGUUGAUGAGUCCCAGCACCUCUCACUCCACAGCACAGCGAGGCAGCGGUAGGCCGCAGGCGUGGCACAUACAACGGCUGCUGCGUUCCCUGCCCCGACAGGAGGCAGUUGGAGACAGAUCACUGGCCCCUGGUGUGGGGAGUAGGAAGCCCCACCAGGCUGAGCCCCACGGGCGAGGCAGCAGCAGUGCUGAUGAAGGUUCAAGGGAAGGGUUGGGUUUGAAUGACUCAGGAUUGGGUCAGGUUUGGGUGGCUGUGGUCUAGAUGGGUUCGGGCCAGGCUUUAGGCCUGAGCAGGCUAGCAGAGAUGCUGUGGGCUGCUGGCAGGUUCCGUACCUUUGGAGAAGAAGCUAGUUUGACUGGGAAGGGGAAUUACGUUAUUGGGGUUGGUAAAGGCGCAUAGAGCCUUCCAGUGCUGGGUCACUGCUUCAAAUCCAGCCGAGGACCCUCGUGUCUGCUGAAUGUUGUGGAUUCUCUCUCGGCCACGCAUGUUCCGAUUAGCCUGGCUUCCUGGCUGCUGAUGCAGCAUGGGAGGUGUCUCUUUGUUGCCGUCGUGAGUGAUUUAGUCAGAGAGCCAUGGUGCUGCUCUCACAUUAAUACCAGAGCCGUUCUCCCACUCUGCUGUAAGAACACGAUGACCUUGGAUAAAGAACACAAGAGCCUCUUAGCUGCUAACGAAGGGGAAGAGUGCUAGCCGUGCCAAAUGUUUUCUGCUAGUCUGAAGACAAGCUUCAAUUUUCAUAACUCUCAAAUGCAGCAUGUACCCAAAGGGAGAAACUGGUCUCUUUGCAUCUGCUCCUCACCACCCCCAGCUUUUGCUUUUAUAUUUUAAAUAAUACAGUAAAAUCCAAAUGCCUUGUAAGAAGAACAAAAGCCCUAGCCACUGAACAGAAGCUAGCGAAAGAACAGGACUCUUUCCUUUUCUUGGCUGCCCUAUGGAGUAAUUUACAGGGGGCUGUGCAUUUAACUGCCCUUGUCAUGCUCCAUUAUCAUCCAUUUGCCAACCCAUCAAGGAGAGAAAUGCUGCUUAUUUGGGGUGCCAUUUACGUGCUGAGUGAUUGGAAGCAAAGAGAAGCUGAAGAUAAUGGGGACGGACAGAUUCAAAUACCACAGAUUGGGUUCUUAUCUCGUUACGCGCGUGUAAAUCUGGAGCAACUCAAAUUGACUUCAGCGGAGUAACUCUAGAUUGGUGUCAGCUCAGAAUCUAGCCCUGUGCUUCUGUCGGAGUGAAUUAAGGUGCAGCAGGGGACUAAUGGGGCUUGGACAGCGCCACGAUCAGCUUCUGUGCCUGUGUGUUAUCGAUCCCACAGUCUUCGAGUACAGCAGUGGCACUGGCAUUGUUCUGUUGGAGACAAAGGAGGAGACU